CCCAAAUGGAAACAUCCAAACCAAAGAUGAUCUACAGGAAGCUCGGCAAUACCGGGCUUGAUGUAUCCGUCCUUUCUUACGGAACUUGGAUCACAGCUCAUGACCUCAAGAACGAGAGGGCCAUUAUUGACUGUAUGAAGAGAGCUUACGAACUAGGCGUUAACUUCUUUGAUACUGCUGAGAUCUACAAUGCAGGAAAUGCUGAGAUUAUUAUGGGAAAAGGACUCAAAGAAAUCGGAGCACCAAGAGAAGAUAUUGUAGUUACUACUAAGCUCUGGAAAUGUGAAGAAGGAGUCAAUGACAAGAUGCUUAGCAGAAAGCAUCUUUGUGAAGCCAUCAAGAACUCUUUGAAAAGACUCCAACUCGAUUAUGUGGAUGUCGUUUUCUGUCACAGACCAGAUUCUCACACUCCUAUUAAAGAGACUGUUAGAGCUAUGGAUUGGAUUGUAGAAGAAGGAUACGCCUUCUACUGGGCUACUUCAAUGUGGAACGCUGCUGAAAUCGCUGAAGCCAUGGAGAUCUGUGAAAAAGAGGAUCUGAACAAGCCAAUCGCUGAUCAAGUUCACUACAAUGCUCUUUUCAGAGAACUUCACGAGAAGAACCUUAGACACUCAUAUGAAAAAUACAAAUAUGGAACAACCAUCUGGUCUCCUCUUGCCAUGGGUCUCUUGACUGGAAAAUACAAUAGCGGAGAUUUCCCAGAAGGCACAAGAUUCCAUCCAGAUACUGAUGGUAGCCAUUUCGGGUAUGGAUAUUUUGGAAAAGACGGUAAAGAUAAGGAUGCUGUUAUUGAGAAAAUGAAUAAGUUCUCGAAGAUCGCCGAAGAGGUAGGAUGCACACCUGCCCAACUUGGACUCGCCUGGACACUAGUUAAUAGAGAUGUAUCCACCUGCAUCUUUGGAGCUACAAAGGUCAGCCAAGUAGAAGACAACAUAGGUGCAUUAGAAGUAGCAAGCAAGUGGACUGAAGAACUAGAGGAGAAGAUUGAAGAAGUACUUGGAAACGAGCCAGAACCAGAAGUUGACUACAACACCUUCACUCCAAAGAGACCAAGAAGAAGAGUCGCUUUGGAUUGUGAUAUGCCAAGCCUUAAGGAGUAA